CGGCCUACGUUUAUCUUACGCUCACUCAAGCUGUAGUCCCCUGGCAGGUCGUAAUCUCGACCAUACCGACGAGCCGAACCCGUACAGCUAUGGAGCAAACUUGCUUCUAGUUCCCUAUAAUCGCCGUGUCGCAUCCCUGCCAUCGUUUUUGCAGGUAGGCAAGCACACAGUGGACUAACUGUGACUCACUCCACCCAUAUUCGAAACUUGAAAGGCUCGACGUCUUUUAAAAUAUCGCACAUUCUCUUCUCUGCGGUAUUCACCAAUAAAAUCGUCGGCAUAUACAAUGAGAGGGCUAUCGCUGGUCGGGCUACCGAAGCACCUACUCGCUGAUAUCCUUCAGUUUCUCCCAGAUGCUGCUGCCUCGCCGCUGCUGUUUCCACGCACUCGGCACUACGCUCUGCAUUUCAGGAGCAUAAUCGUCUAGUCUUGGAGGCAGUCGUCGCCAAUGAAGUCACAACUGAGCUUUUUGCAUUUGCUCUGACCGCCGAUGAAUCAAGACGCGCCCCCUUCGAAUUAGUUCGCGCAGUCGACCUGUUAACGGACCUUCACAGAAAAGCUGCGCCUUCACAUCCACUAGAGACAUACUCGUUGGAAUUUGGACAUCUUACUAUGGCGAAAGCUCUUGCUAUUAGUAAGAUGAGCAAUAUCAUUGGCUAUUUUGCGGACCGUAUUGGAGAUAUGAUGCUGAACGCUUCAGAGGAUGCCCCAUUUUUGCCAGCGUACCAGGAGAAAAUAUCACCGCCGAUAUCACCCACAUAGAGAUUCUUAAUAUGCAGAGCCCUCUAUCGCUUUGAAAUAUAUUGUGGUCUAUUUUACGGCGAUGGACGCGGGAUCGAUCCUCCCUCGCGGCGACGUGACCAGAUGAAGUUAGUCGCUAGAUUCCAUUUGCUAGGCUACUGUCCACCUUGGGUCAAUGAGCAGCUGGGGUGUAACUACGACUUCAUCGAACGCAUCUUGUCAGAGUCUUUUAAUGAAGUAGCUAAGCACGAUGUUGUAUGGGGAGAACAUGGGGUUGAGUGGCAAACGAACGGGCAAGCAAAUGGGUAGAAGCAAGGUAUACUCUCUUACGGGCUUGGUUUCCUUCAUCAGGUUGUCACUGCGACGGGGUACGACGAGCAGUGUGAGAUUCUCUCGUCAAAGAACUUCCCAUAUACAAAUCGCAUGCUUCCCAGACUUUUGGCGAGCGUAGUAACUACGGUUGAAAUCAGUAUUACACCGGCUCCUCUCACGCGCCUAAACCGGUGGACGUUCGAAAAUUUUGAAAAGAACCUCGACCGACAACGAUACUUCCUCGAUUCUAGAGUGCGCACCAGUCCUGCUGUUGAUGGCUAUGACAGGUUUCCUUUUCAGAUCUGGAAAGAAGCUCAUAGGAAUUCUUGCAUGCAUGAAUCUGGUUAUAGCGAAGCAGAGCGAGGGUUGCGCUGGUACGGUUAUGUACUACGGGACUUUUCUAACAUGUCCGAGAAAGAUAUAUCUCGUCUCGCUGGACUUGGCAAUUCCAGACCCAACGAAAGCAUGACUAGAGAACAGGAAGAUGUCAUUGCACAUUCCUUUACAGAGCGCAAGGACAUCUUCGACAGAGGUGGACGGGGGUACUGGUCUCCGGGAGACACGAGCCGCAUCGUGUGGCAGGACCAUGGUGAGCAAGUCGGCAGGGUUCAAGAAGCCAUAACCUAAAAAUAGUAGAAAUUUCAAUAGAAGAUAAUUAACUUGGCAA